GCUAACAAUAAUUUUCUCAUAACUUAUCUUGGCGACUUGGAAUAAGCUCGUCACUAAAAGUUUACGCGCCGUAAUAUUUCUUUUGGCUUUCUAAGAUGCAAUUUCUCGCAAGACUUCUGGUUCUGAGCGCUGUUUUUAUGAUUGCCCGCGGAGCAGGGCACGGCGAGCACUGUGAAAACGACAUUGAGUGUCUGUGUACGCCAGCGGAAUGUCUAUGCGACAAGGGCAAUGACUGCUCGGGCAAGUGCGUUGCCACUUUUGGUGCCCAUAAUUGGGGAAACAAGCCGGGGGAAUGGUGCCGAAAUAAUGGAGACUGUAAACAAUACGAAGGACACUUUGUCGAUUGCGCAAAAAGCGGUUGUGACGGAACGUGUGUUUUGAUUUAUUCUGGGGACCUCUAAAUAUACAUGUAUGUACAUAGGCCACUUGCUUGUCAAAAUCUUAUUAACAC